AUGUCGACAACGGAGACCGCCACCCCCAUUGGCAUUGCCAAUCUUCCCAACCAGCGACACAAAAUUGUCGCGAAGCGGGGUGCGGCGUUCACAAUUAUGGUUGCCGGAGAGUCGGGUUUGGGAAAGACUACCUUCAUCAACACCCUCUUCUCCACCACCAUCAAAAACUAUGCCGAUCACAAGCGCCGCCACCAGAAGCAGGUCGACCGCACCGUCGAGAUCGAGAUCACCAAGGCCGAGCUGGAGGAGAAGUUCUUCAAAGUUCGCCUGACCGUCAUUGACACCCCCGGUUUCGGCGAUUAUGUCAACAACCGUGACUCGUGGCAGCCCAUUAUCGAGUUUCUGGAUGACCAGCACGAGUCGUACAUGCUCCAGGAGCAGCAACCCCGUCGUACCGACAAGAUUGACAUGCGUGUGCACGCCUGCCUGUACUUCAUCCGCCCCACUGGACACACCCUCAAGCCUCUCGAUAUCGAGGUCAUGAAGCGCCUGAGCUCGCGCGUCAACCUGAUUCCCGUGGUCGCCAAGGCCGAUACCCUCAGCCACGCCGAUCUUGCCAAGUACAAGGAGAGAAUUCGCGCCGUUAUUGAAGCCCAGGGCAUCAAGAUCUACACCCCGCCGGUCGAGGAGGAUGAUGAGCAUGCCGCUACCCACGCCCGCAGCCUGAUGGCGGCUAUGCCUUUCGCCGUCAUUGGUUCUGAGAAGGAUGUCAAGGCCAACGAUGGCCGCGUUGUCAAGGGACGCCAGUACGCGUGGGGUGUCGCUGAGGUGGAGAAUGAGGACCAUUGCGACUUUAAGAAGCUCCGUUCGAUCCUGAUUCGCACCCACAUGCUGGAUCUUAUCCACACCACCGAGGAGUCUCACUAUGAAGCCUACCGUGCCCAGCAGAUGGAGACCCGCAAGUUCGGCGAGGCCAGACCCCGCAAGCUGGACAACCCCAAGUUCAAGGAGGAGGAAGAGAACCUGCGCAAGCGUUUCACCGAGCAGGUCAAGGUCGAGGAGCAGCGUUUCCGACAGUGGGAGCAGAAGCUCAUCUCCGAGCGCGAUAGACUCAACAAGGAUCUCGAGGCUACCCACGCCGCCAUCAAAUCCCUCGAGCAAGAGAUCGAAGGCCUGCAGGGCCCCGGCACCCGCAGCCACGGAGGGCGCACCUUCGCCUCGAUGGGCUGUGGAUUCGGACCGCAUUUGGCCGAGCUUCAGGUCCAAGCAUCAAUCCCGCUUUCCGCCAGCUUCAAAACGUCAUCCAGCCGUCCUCCUGCUCGUCGCGAUAUUUUCCCAACGGCCAUGCCCCCAAGAAAGUUUCCAAUUCGACAUUUCCACACUCUCAAAACACACAAUGGCUCGGUCAAUGCGGUGACCUUCUCCAGCUACCCUGGCACCUACAUCCUCACGGGCUCCUCCGACCGCGCCAUCCACCUUUCACGCGCUGUCCCCAGCAAUGCUGAAAACUCUACGACGCCCAUAGAAACCACCGUCCCGAUCCAGCGGUACGAGGCGCACGGCUACUCGGUGCUCGACGUGGCCGUCACCGCGGACAAUGCACGCUUCGCCAGUGUGGGAGGCGAUCGGCAGGUCUUUCUAUGGGAUGUCGAGCAGGGAGGUACCACGAGGCGAUGGACGGGGCACAACGGCAGAGUUGAGGCCGUUCAGUUCGCGGGCGAGGGUGACUCGGUGGUUGUAUCUGGCAGUGCAGACACCACAAUUAAUUUGUGGGAUACCCGGUCCAACGCCUACAAGCCUAUCCAGACUCUCACCGAAGCGACCGACACCGUCUCGUGCCUAAACGUGCAUCUGCCUACGUACUCGAUUGCCAGCGGUAGCUACGACGGCCACGUCCGUGUCUACGAUGUUCGCAUGGGCAAGGCCACCGUCGACGUCCUGGCGCACCCCGUGACGAGUGUGCGGUGUUCGGCAGAUGGCAAUGCCCUGCUGGCCUCUACGCUGGAUAGCUACAUCCGAAUGCUGGAUCGCACAGAUGGAAAGCUCCUCACAGCUUUUGGUGGGCCAUCCAAGAAGGACGAACAGCCUGCACAGGGAGUUUCCAGUGCUAAGUCCGGCCAUACCUACCGCAACACCGAGCUGCGGGUCCGCUCUGUGUUUGCGCAGGGCGAUGCAGUGGUUCUAAGUGGUAGUGAAGCUGCCCAGGGUGCUGGGACUGAACUUGGCGCCGCUGUUUUUGCCUGGGAUGUAUUGAGUGGAGAGACUGUUGCGACGGUGCCGAUGGGAGAGAAAGUCAGGGUCGGCACUGCCUCGCACCAAAGCCCGGACAUCAUCCGUGGUGUGCCGGCUCUCGGUCAUUUUAUUACCUGGGGCUGCCUUCCACAGCCGCAGAUCAACAUGAAAGCCUCCUCAAUCCUCGCCCCAGCUGUGGCUGCAGCGAUAGCAACUUCUGCGGCUGCGCAUCUCACUGUUGCCCGUUCGAACGAACCUUUUCUCCCAAACAACAAGCUCCCCCAAUCGCAUGCCUCCUCCGACGGAGCUUCCAUAGUCCAACUGUUCGCCAACCUUGGCCGCUCCACGGAAUGGAAUCUCAUCUCGAAAACUAAAUUCGAGGGCGAUACUGGUGAGCCUGAGGGUUUGGCCCGUCUCGGCGACGAUCGCUACUUCGUUUCCGCCGGGCAGUGGACUGCUCCCACCGUGAAAUAUCUUCAGCCGAUCAACGGCACAGACCGCACUCCCGGCGCAGGGUUCGCACACAUCCUCAUCUAUGGUGGCCAGGGCAAUCUCAUUGCCAAUGCCACUAUGACGGCACCUGGAGAUCUUGAGUACCACACCGGCGGCAUCGAUUAUGACGGCCGCUAUCUGUGGGCGACGCUGUCGCAGUACCGGCCGAAUACAACUGCAACGAUUGUCCAGAUCGACCCGCUUACCUUGGAAAAGAAAUCUCUGUUCCGCACAAAAGAUCACAACGGUGGGAUCGUCCAUGACACUGUCACCGAUGAUCUCGUCACGCUGAACUGGGGCGGCCGCAACGCUACCACAUGGUCUCUAAAAGACUAUCCGCAUGGAUUCACACCGUUGCCUGGCUUCACAGCUCCUCAGGCUUCCGCGCCAGAUCCGUCCUUCUUCGUCGAUUAUCAAGACUGCAAGUUCCUCGGUCAUCAUGCACUUCCCGAUGCUCUUGCAGCCCGUGUUGGUGGCGGUCAGAAUAACAAGAGAGCUAUUAUGUUCUGCAGCGGAGUAGCCACGAUUGGACCCUCGUUUAACCUGGGUGGCAUCGCGUUGGUCGAUCUUCAGACUAUGCAACCCCUGUGGGAGGUCCCGGUCGCGUUGACAAGUGAUCUUGGAGGAACGAUGACGCAGAACCCAGUCGAUGUUGCUGUUGUGGAUGGAAAGUUGAGAAUUUAUUGCCUCCCUGAUCUGCACAAUUCGACGCUGUAUGUGUACGAGGCGGCUUAG